AUGCCUGGUCCCGCGGGGCUAGGUGGAUCCCGUUACAGGCAUUUGCCGCUUGAUGUGGAUUCAUCCUUUUCCCAACCCAAUAAAAAACAUAAAUCCAAUAUAACCCCAACUCCUUUAUAUACUUACCCCGAACUUCCAACUUCAACAAACACAAAAAAUCCCAAAUUUAUAGUGAUCUCUCCCAAAUCAAAUGAAAAGCCCAUAUCGUCCCUCAAUCCUUUCCUAUUAAAAAAAUCAAUUGACAAUAUAUCCAAAGAAUAUGAUCAAAUUUCUCAAUUGCGUGACGGCAACCUUCUUGUCUUAGUUAAAACAGAAAAAAUUGCGGAAACAUUCCUUAAAGUUGACAAUCUUGCCAAAACUUGUCCAGUAAUUGUAAAAUUGCAUGACAAACUAAACGAGUCAAAGGGCAUUGCCUAUGCCCCUUGUUUGAUCAACACCCCAAAAGACAUAAUACUUGAAGAAAUGGAAUGUCAAGGAGUUAAAGAUGUUUAUAAAUUUACCAAAAACGUGGAUGGCAAGCAGAGAGAAACCGGUUUAAUUCUCUUUACAUUCAACCUCUACUACACCCCGAAAACAGUUGACAUUGGCUUUUUUAAAGCAAAAGUCACUGAAUACAUACCAAAUCCAAUGCGCUGUCGUAGUUGUCAACUUCUCGGUCACACGAGUAAACGGUGUACCGGUGAAGCAAAAUGCGAUAUUUGCAGUCUCCCUCCGCACACUCCUCAACCUUGCACUAAAACUAUGUGUGCAAAUUGCUCACAAGCUCACUCGUCUUCUUCUAAGACUUGCCCUGCUUAUAAAGAAGCCAAAGAAAUCCUAACAAUAAAAACCCACAAAAAAUGCACAAUGGCUGAAGCUAAAAAAAUUCAUAGAGAACAAAAUAACAUCCCCGCUCAUUUCUCAUCCUCAUCAGAGUUAUUUUCCGAAAAAACAAAGCAAAACGCGGAUGAUUCAGCAGCACAAAUUCUUAAUAAAGAAAGUGAACAAAACUCUCAUAAAUCUAAUCAAACUAACACAGCAAAAUCAACUUUAAACUCUGAAAGCACCAAAACUAACAGUACAAAUUCCACAAUUCAUAACCUUGCCAUAAAUAUACCUCAAAACACCAUUAUAUCCACCACUUCCAAUGAUUAUCAUCCAACCUCUCCCAAAUUAAACAAUCAUAAGAAACCAGAUCUUAAUUUAACUCAAGAACCAAAAAUAUCCGAUCCAACUCCUUUAUCUGAUUUUUCUAAAAUUUCAGAAACAAACCCAAACAACUCUAUUACCACACAGCCCGAUUCAUCUGAAAAAUCAAAAACCCACACAUCUAAUAAACAAUCUCAAUCCCCUAUUUCAAAAGUAACUCAAGCUUUGCUUGAAAAACAUAAAUACUACGUAGAAAACCCAGACCCACAAGAUGUCGAUAUGCUAUAA